AUGGCAAAUGGAUGUUGUACAAAUGAAUUAUGUGUGAGGAGAGAAACACAAUUACGUUUAGCUCGACUUCGUGAAGAAUUAUUGACUAAUUUUAAUACUCUCCUUAUCGGCCGUAUUCGUUUUCUCGAACAAACAAUUAAUCGAUUAUCGGUAAUAUCGUCAUCACCAACAAAAACUUCAUUAUCAGCAAAACUAAAAAUGACUGUCGCAUCGAAGUCUGUAAAAAUUGAUCGAUUAAAACCACCACCGCUACUUCGACGUAGUUCGUCAGCAACAGCCGCCUUUCUUCAACGUUCUACUGAUUCCAAUUUGACAGGAGCAGAUACUAAUGUUCGUUCAUGUCCCUCAAGCGUCGAUCUAUCGGGUAACAAAGCAAAGCGAAAACAGUUUUUAUCAACCAAUAAAUUACAUCGUACACAAGAUAGAACAUUAUUAGAAUACAAUACUGCCUGUUUACCGAUUCCGAUAAAUCGACAAUGGGCGCGUUCAACCAAUGACUUACCAUCAAGUACAAGCGUUAAUAGUGAAAAGGGCCGUUUUGAAUCAAGACGUUUUGCAUGUGAUGUUGACGAUAAUGGUGUUCGAGCAUUCAAAGCAAUGAUUUAUAUGGAGCAAGCUAGAAAACAACAUGUCCGACCAUUAACUCGUUUACGACAAGCACUGGGCAUAUCAAGUAAUAGUACUACAGGGAAUUUCCCAUCAAAUAUUGCAAAGAAACAGUCAAAUUUUUAA